ACCUCCUUCUCCGCAUCCGCUUCCUGCCUUCAACUCCUCGUCCCGCACACUUCUUCGACACCUCCUCCUCCACCGAUAAAGAGGUUGCGUGACUGCCGUUGAAGUCAACGUCGCGUGUCGUCUCCCCUGCCUGCGCAACUUUGGAUUUCCCACCAACUCCCCUCCCAACGGAACUGUAUCGUCACUACACGCGUAUCGCCCGUCCCGACAUCUCAAUCGCCCUUCCGAACCCUCGCCUUCCCGCUCGACCGCGCUACAUCCACCCUCACCAUGAAGUCGUCGUCGACAAAACUGUUUCCCAUGCUCGAUACCAGUCCGAAGGGCCUGGGCUGGCCGUCGGUCUCCGGCUUCAACCGGAUACGAAGAAAGUUCGGCUCUCGCAUGCGCAGCGGCCAGUCGCCGGCCUCGAACCUCGCGAAACUGCAGACGUCCUUCGAUCCGAACGACACGAUACGGUCCCUGCGAGCGCACACAUGGUCCAUCUACGAUGGCCAGUACCUGAUCCUGAUGAUCCUGGGCAUCUUCUGUUUGUCCGUGAUUGAGGAGCCGGGCGCGCUCGUGAAGACUUCGAUUGCGACGCUGUUGAUGCUCUCGUUGCUGUUGCCCAUAACGAGGCAGUUCUUUCUGCCGUUCCUGCCGAUUGCUAGUUGGCUCGUCUUGUUCUACUCGUGCAGUUUCAUUCCUGCGGAAUGGCGACCACAUAUCUGGGUUCGGGUGCUUCCGGCACUCGAGAACAUCAUCUACGGCGCGAACUUGAGCAACAUCCUCUCGGCACACAAGCACCCCAUCCUUGAUGUUCUCGCAUGGCUUCCUUACGGAAUCUUCCACUUCGCGUUCCCCUUCGUCUGCGCCGGCGUCAUGUUCCUCUUCGCCGCUCCGGGUACUCUGCGCGUUUACGCACGGACCUUCGGAUACAUGAACCUGAUCGGUGUCAUAAUCCAGCUGUGCUUCCCUUGCGCACCGCCAUGGUACGAGGCCAAGUUCGGAAUGGCACCUGCCAAUUACUCGAUGGGCGGAUCUCCGGCCGGACUCGCGCGUAUUGAUGCCCUGUUUGGAUGGAACCUGUACAGCUCGACUUUCACCGCUUCGCCGUUGGUUUUUGGCGCUAUGCCUUCCCUGCACUCGGGUUGCGCUACGCUUGAGGCGCUGUUCCUCGCGCACGUCUUCCCCAAGGCCAGAUGGGUGUUUUACAGCUACGUCAUGUGGAUCUGGUGGGCAACUCUGUACCUUCAGCACCAUUACGCCGUCGAUCUGAUCGCCGGAAGUCUCUUGGCCGGACUCAGCUUCUACGUCGCAAAGACCAAAUUCCUCGCCAGGCUGCAGCCCGAUAAGGAAUUCCGAUGGGACUACGAUUACCUGGAGAUCGGUUCGGGCUCCAGCAGCGAGCGCUUCGACUACGGGUUGUAUGACCUCGACUCGUACCACUCGGAAGAUGACGAAUGGACGGUUGGAUCCUCUUCCGGAAUCUCCUCCGGCUGCAGGAGUCCCGUUAGCCCGAGCGAUGACAUCCAAUCGGUGUGGUCGUCUGCCAGCGAAACCCUGGCUGCUACUUCCGAGGUCGAUUCAUCGGAAGUCUACAUUCCCGUUGAUGAUCGCCGAUAGACGGGUCCAAUCGGAGCGAUGUCACGUGCACCGAAUUUCGUCACGAUCAGCAUUUUGAUCAUUCAACGUCACCAUUCUUCUGCGUUUCCGAACAAUGAUCCUUUCGGGAUGCGUAUCCUCUUUAGUAUCCUUUUUUCUUUUCUCUUGUUUUGUAUGCCACCUCUCCUUUGUUUAACUUAUGAACUCACGGCUACCAUGGGAAUGGAGUUACAUUUGCUUUGGGAUUUGCGGGUCUCAUCUUUUUUUGCUUUAUUUUUCGCAUGCAUCUCUCUACUCGCAGCGGUGUUUUGGCUGGGCUAUUCUACUCCGCACUUAGCUCAUACCCCCCCCCUCUUACAUACAAUAGUUAAUAACCUCCUA